AUCAUCCUUCCUACGAUGCGAAAAGAGAAGUUGAAAUAAGUGGGAGAGAGGGACAUCGCGCAGCCUUAUGAACUCUAACGUCACGGUCGCCUUCUGGGUCAUCGACACUCCGAACGAACACUGAAGUGCCACACAGACCCGGAAGACACUAUUCACAACAACUCUCUCUCUCUCUCUGGGAGAUAUUUUCUCACAGUAAGUCAGCCUCCAGGAGACGACACCGGGCAGUGUGACAUGGCAAGUAGAGGCGGAGCUACACGACCCAAUGGGCCAAACGCAGGCAACAAGAUCUGCCAGUUCAAACUUGUGCUUUUAGGAGAGUCGGCUGUGGGGAAGUCGAGUCUUGUACUUCGUUUCGUCAAGGGCCAGUUUCACGAAUUCCAAGAGAGCACAAUCGGAGCGGCCUUCCUGACUCAGACGGUAUGUUUGGACGACACGACGGUCAAGUUUGAAAUCUGGGACACGGCCGGUCAGGAGCGCUACCACAGUCUGGCGCCCAUGUACUACAGAGGCGCCCAGGCGGCCAUCGUGGUGUACGACGUCACAAAUGAGGAGUCAUUUGUGCGGGCGAAGAACUGGGUUAAAGAGCUUCAGAGACAAGCCAGCCCCAACAUUGUAAUAGCUCUGGCCGGGAACAAGGCUGACCUCGCCAACAAGAGGGCGCUGGACUUCCAGGACGCACAGUCGUACGCAGACGACAACAGCUUGCUCUUCAUGGAGACGUCAGCCAAGACCUCCAUGAACGUCAACGAGAUAUUCAUGGCCAUCGCAAAGAAGCUUCCCAAGAACGAGCCUCAGGCGUCCGCGGCCAGCAGCGGGCGGAACCGGGGGGUGGACCUGACGGAGACGGCUCAGCCCACCGGCCGCUCCUGCUGCAGUAACUAACUCUUCCUGCUCAUCUUCCCCCCCCCCCCCCCCUCUCUCUCUCUCUCUCUCUCUCUCUCUCUCUCACACACCCCUCCCUCCCAACUGCACAUCUGGAAUCGGGCGUCUUGACAUCAGCCCUGAUCGUCAACCUCCCUCCCUCCCCCUGGAAUAGCUAAAAGACUCUGUAUAGUUGCAUUUCUAAUACCUUUUUUUUUUAUGUUCUUUUUCUUUCAAAAAAAUCUGUAUAAUGGAUGCAUGUAUCACUACAACGCAUAAAAAAACACACACACGUAAUCUCUUAUUCAGUUGGACGACUAGCCCACGUUUAGAAAGACGAGCGAGCGUGUGAGUUGUGCGCAGAGAGGCUCCGCCUCCUCCGGCGACUGGUGGUGCCGUGAUGCUCCCAAACUGUUCCUCAUUAUAAGAUGCCUGUCGUCAAGGCGACGGGGAAAGGACUGGUCCCUCCCUCCUUCCCAUCUGUUACACAGGAAGAUGUCUUCAUCCGAGGAUCCUAACGCGCAGGGCGGGAAGUCGAUUUUUGGUACCGUCCAUUUAUUUUUUUGUGAUUGUGAAAAAAAAAGAAAAGUUGUACAAUUUAAAAGAAAAGAAAAAAAAAUCUUUGAGAUUAUUGAAAAGGAGGGGAAAAAAAUCCUUGUUACACAUCCAGCUGGAGAUGGAGAUUUGUAAAAGUGCGGGAACAUUCAGGUCAACAGGACAAAGGGUUUGUUUUCUUCGCCAUUUUAACAAUCGAGUCUCAUUUUGACACCGAUUUGGGCUUCAUGUGGGGGGGAGGGGAGGGGGGUAGAAGACCAGGAGCCUCGAGGACUGCUGAGCGUCUCAUUCAAACCUUCAGACCGCACACUAACAGAAUAUUGGACUGCCGCCCCGUCGUCUGUGGAAACAAAAACAUAUAAAUAUAUAUAUACUCAAAUGUAGUUAUAGGGUGCAACGUCGUCUUCUUCCUCCUUUAGCGCAGCUCACGAGGAAAAAGUCUAGAGAUUCUGAACAAUUGUCCAGUUCAAUAGGUCUUUUUCUUUUUUUGGGGGCUUUAUCAUCGACCGCGUCACCAACCGGUGGAACGUUAAGCGGCGGCGGUCUCUCCUCGGUAUAUGCGUCGUGGUCUUAACGAACGCCCUGUCCAGGUGUCCUGUUACUUCUCUCAUGGUCACGUUUUGAAAGGAACUUUUAUUGCAUUGCACAGUGUUGAUCAUGUUUUUAAUUAAUGACUUGCCCUUUGGAUUUUAUACGGCGGACUGUAUUGGACUCGCUGACCUGCAUAUGUGAGCGGGGGGCAUACUUAACCCGACUGGUGGUCUAUCUUACGGCUUCAUGAAUUUUAAUGAUGUAAAACAGCAUUACUAGUGAUGGGCUGAUCAGUUUUGAGUGUCUGAAUACAAACUUAAUAAAUUCAAUAAAGAGGU